ACUCCAUUCUGCAGGCAUGGGCCCACAUAAUCGUUUUUCUCCGUCCUUAAUUUCUCAGAACCAAUUAGUCACUCCUCCUUCCAUCGCAGCGCCGCCGUGGUGAUCUUGAAAAGGUACAUGCAGGUCAACUAUUAUCUUCUACUCAUUCAUAUUUUCAAGAAAAAAACAACUUCAAGAUGUCAGUGUUAAGAAGGAGAAGGAUCCAAGAAGAAGAUGAAUCAACAAGAAUUGUUGAUUAUGAUCUCGAUAAAAAAUUAAAAUCCGAAAAAGAGAUGAUGAUGAUGAGCAAGUGGUCUUGUAUGGAUAGUUGUUGCUGGUUGAUUGGAUGUGUAUGUGUUAUGUGUUGGUCGUUUCUGUUUUUGUACAAUAUGAUACCUUCUUCUUUUUCGGACUAUAUGAGUGAGGUGAUAAGGGGUCGUCUGCCUGAUCCCCCUGGCUUGAAGUUGAAGAAAGAGGGGUUGAGGGCUAAGCAUCCUGUGGUUUUUGUGCCUGGAAUCGUGACCGGAGGAUUGGAGUUAUGGGAGGGACAUCAAUGUGCGGACAAGUUAUUUAGAAAGAGAUUAUGGGGAGGGACUUUCGGAAAACUCUAUAAGAGUCCUUUAUGUUGGAUGGAGCAUAUGUCAUUGGACAAUGAAACUGGUUUAGAUCCUAUUGGCAUAAGGGUGAGGCCUGUGACAGGUCUUGUUGCUGCAGACUAUUUUGCCCUAGGAUAUUUUGUUUGGGCAGUUCUAAUUGCUAAUCUUGCUCAGAUUGGAUAUGAGGAGAAAACCAUGUAUAUGGCUUCAUAUGAUUGGAGACUUUCAUUUCAGAAUACAGAAGUCCGAGACCAAACAUUAAGUAGAAUAAAAAGUAAUAUAGAACUAAUGGUCUCUACAAAUGGUGGCAAUAAGGCGGUGAUCGUUCCACAUUCGAUGGGUGUUGUAUAUUUCUUGCAUUUUAUGAAAUGGGUGGAGACACCUGCUCCGAUGGGCGGAGGCGGUGGACCGAAUUGGUGUGCUAGGCACAUUAAAGCUGUGAUGAACAUUGCCGGACCGCUUUUAGGUGUUCCGAAAGCUAUUUCUGGACUUUUUUCUGAAGAAGCAAAGGAUGUUGCUGUUGUCAGGGCCAUAGCACCAGGUGUUCUGGAUAAGGAUUUAUUUCGAAUUCAAACUCUACAACACAUAAUGAAGAUGACGAGAACAUGGGAUUCAACCAUGUCAAUGAUACCAAAAGGUGGAGACACUAUUUGGGGAGAUCUUGAUUGGUCACCUGAGGAAGGCUAUGUUCCUAAUACAAGAAAGCAAAUUAAUGCAUUCGAUGUUAUUGACGAUCAUAAUAAGUAUCAAAAUACCAAAUCAAAAACAAAUCAUGUCCAUUAUGGAAGAAUAAUAUCUUUUGGGAAAGACGUAGCAAGAGCUCAUUCUUCUCAAAUUCAGAGGACUGACUUUCGGGGUGCUGUAAAGGGUAAUAAUUUUGCAAACAACGGUUGUGGGGAUGUGUGGACAGAGUAUCAUGACCUGGGUUUUAGUGGUAUUAAUGCUGUAACUGAAUAUAAAGCAUAUACUGCCGGAGAUAUUGUGGAUCUAUUAAAAUAUAUUGCCCCAAAAAUGAUGGCACGUGGUAGUGCCCAUUUUUCCUAUGGCAUAGCUGCUAAUUUGGAUGAUCCCAAGUAUGCUCAUUACAAAUAUUGGUCAAAUCCAUUGGAAACCAAGUUGCCAAAUGCUACUGACAUGGAGAUCUUCUCGAUGUAUGGAGUUGGCAUUCCAACUGAAAGAGCUUAUGUUUACAGGCAAAGUCCAUAUGCAGAAUGCUAUAUUCCUUUUCAAAUUGAUACAUCGGCAAGUGAAGAAGAUGGAGAUAUGUGCUUGAGAGACGGUGUCUUUACAGUGGACGGGGACGAAACUGUGCCUGUUUUAAGUACAGGCUUCAUGAGUGCAAAAGGUUGGCGUGGAAAAACUAGAUUUAAUCCUUCGGGAAUCAAAAAUUAUGUAAGGGAAUACGAGCACGCUCCUCCGUCUAACUUUCUUGAAGGCCGCGGCACACAGAGUGGCGCUCAUGUCGAUAUAAUGGGAAAUUUUGCUUUGAUUGAGGACAUUAUGAGGGUUGCUGCAGGUGCUACUGGAGAUGAUUUGGGAGGUGAUCAUGUAUAUUCAGACAUCUUCAAGUGGUCGGAGAAAAUUAAGUUAGACUUGUAAGUUUAGAGUCGAGAGGUAAGAGUUAUGAAGGCGAUCUUCUUACAACAACACAACCGAACUUAACAUAGCAAGUGCAUAUGCUAGCUGAUGACUCCUAUUUAUAUUGAUUGGUAUGUAAAUCACAACGGAUUUUUCUAAAGUCUAUCAUAAUUACAAUUACCUUC